AUUAGAAAAAAAUAAUUUGACGAAUUUUAAUUUAUUCUUAUAAAAACAAUAUGUUGUGCUAUAAAAUCAAUACAUAUCUACCAAACUAGUUUUGAAUGAAUCAUAGUCGAAUAAACAGGAAAUAAAUAGUUCGGUUUAGUAUGUUGCACAUUGCUUGUCAGUUUGAAAGCUUUACAUGUUUUUGCACUUGAACUUUAAAUCAGACGAUCGUAUUUAAUUCCAUUCACAAUUUGGCAAACAAUAUUCUUUUGCGUACUUAAUUUCAGCGUUUUUGUGGCAAUAUCUUGUUUGUGUUGGAAUGAAAUGAAUUUUUGAGUAAACAUCGGUUUGGAACACUUUCAUGAGCCAAACGCAGAAGUGCCUCUGUGAUAAUAGAAUGUUUAGAUAAGGAUUUUUCAUUGUAUUCUAAACGUAAUCAAGAAGAAUAGAAAUAUAAUCGUCUUUUUUUAAAGAUAGAUACCGUGAUAAAUACGAAACUUGGAGAAAAAAAAGAAUAUUGCAUUUAUAUUAUUUCGAAAGGAAUCACUGCGGGUGGAUAUCAAUCACUGUUCAAUGUUAAAGAAAUAAACCAGUGUGAAAAACAAAUGUUUUCAACGAAAUGAAUUCCUCUGGAAUACAAAUUACUGUUCUUCUGACAAUUAUUAUGAUUUUUCUAAUAAAAUACGUGGAAAGCAGCCGAGGAAAAAUGAGAAAUCAGCAUUUUUGUCGAGUGUCUGGCGGUACUUUAUUAAAUCCGGACAAAUUCGCCCUAUUUUCAUGUGCAAGCUGUUAUAGACACAUGGAUGAACUUCUUUUUGAUAAUGGAACAAAACUUGUGCUAGAUGGCACGGGAACGGGUCUGAGAAACGUCAAAACAAACGAAGUUUAUGAAGCCACCUACACAGACCCAUCAAGUCCCAUCUUCAAAACAUUUAAAACGACAAAAUUGAAAAAUUUAUGGAUCAAAUGCUGCAAAGCAGCGGUAGAAUGCUGCGACAUGAUGACAAGUACCCCUCCCUCACAAGAUCCAUAUGUUUGUCCUCGUACUUGGGAUGGUUGGAAAUGUUGGCGAGAUUCUCCACCGGGCUCCGUCCAGAUGGAAAGAUGUCCAUCUUACAUUUACUUUCACAGUGAUGAACCCCAAUGCUCACACUAUGCAACUAAAACUUGUUGGGAAAAUGCCACUUGGUUUAGAAACUACAAAGGAAAUGAAUACAGCGAUUUCUCUACUUGUGGUCGAGGUGAGGACAUUAAAAUAUUAUUGAAAACUCAUGUUAUUACUUUUGGAAUAUCUAUAGUACUUCUGUUGCCUGCUUUAGGAAUAUUCUUUUACUACCGACAACUUCGAGUGUACCGAAUAUUCAUGCACAAGAAUCUCUUUAUCUCCCUUCUACUUUCCUCCACAUGUGUGGUAGUAUUCGAAAGUUACUUUCUUGUCGAUUCACUUCAGAGCCCAGAUGACAAUAUUCUCGAAUCGAAUGAGGUUGGAUGCAAAAUAUUUUACACAGUGACAAAAUAUUUCAGAUUAACGACAUACAUGUGGAUGUUUUGUGAAGGAUUCUAUCUUCACAAACUGAUUGCUGCAGCUUUUGCCGAGCAAAAAAGCACACUAAUUUUCCACGCUAUUGGAUGGGGAAGUCCCAUUAUUCCUGUAAUAAUUUGGGCUAUCGUUCGACACUUAAAGGCAGAUGAAAUGUGCUGGAUUGUACCAACAGAUCAGUAUGAGUGGAUUCUACUGACUCCAAAGCUGAUAGCUUUAGUGGUAAAUUUUGGGUUUUUGGUUCACAUUGUUCAAAUAAUAAUUACAAAACUACGAUCCAGUAAAGUUGAUGAGCCUGCUCAGUUUAGAAGAGCGGUUAAGGCAACAAUGGUUCUCAUACCUCUGUUCGGUUUGCAUUUCCUUUUCCUCAGUUACCACCCAAUCAAAGGUGAUUGCCACAUAUUGUUAAUUUACAGUAUAGCUCUUUACUCGUUAGAUGGUCUACAGGGGGGCAUUGUGUCUCUCUUAUUUUGCUAUCUAAACAACGAGGUUAUAUAUUUAAUAAAGCGCUCUUACAGACAAAAGAAACUGGAGAGAGACAUAGCAAAUAACGCGAACAGUCGCAGAACACGUGAAUCUCGGACUUCUCUAUCAACAAACAUCGUAUCUGUUCAUCAGGAGGGACCUUUGUCAAAAUCACUGAGGAAGAAAUGACAAAAACUGAGAAGGUGCGAAGAGCACCUUCGUCGAAAAUACAAGCCUGUACUCGUCACAGCUCUUUGAUCGAUUUUUGCUCGGCGGACUACGCACAUUGUGAUUGAACUAAACAGGGGCAAAAACUACAUUAUAGAAGAGAUAUACGACUUUAUAUAUCUGAUAUACUUACCAAUUGAGUAAUAGAAUGACUUCAAAUAAAUACGUAUUAAUUAUUUAACACCGUCUAAUUGAAAUGUGAUGAUGCCAUCCCAUUGAAGACAUCUUCAUAUGAAUUAAGAUUACUUCAUAUAUAUGACUUGAUAUGUCUGAUAUACUUACCAACAGAGUAAUAGGAUGACCUCAAAUAAAUACAUAUUAAUUAUUUAACACCGUCUAAUUGAAAUGUGAUGACGCCAUCCCAUUGACGAUAUCUUCAUAUGAAUUAAGAUUAAUUCAUAUAUAUGACUUGAUUUGUCUGAUAUACUUACCAACAGAGUAAUAGGAUGACCUCAAAUAAAUACGUAUUAAUUAUUCAAAACUGUCUAAUUGAAAUGUGAUGAUGCCAUCCCAUUGACGACAUCUUCAUAUGAAUUAAGAUAUAUAUGACUUCAUAUACAUGACUUGAUAUGUCUGAUAUACUUAUUAACAGAGUAAUAGGAUGACCUCAAAUAAAUACGUAUUAAUUAUUUAACGCCGUCUAAUUGAAAUGUGAUGAUGACAUUCCAUUGACGACAUCUUCAUAUGAAAUAAGAUUACUUCAUAUGAAAGAGGCAGUAACUUUGUUCUUAAACUUCGCCUGAUACCGUGGUGUCGUUCUAAAAUACGAACACUUCUUACCCGUCUUUGAUCUUGAUUGAAUCUUUUUCGGACAACGCACAUUAUGAUUGUUUAACUCCCUGGACUGAACAGAGGCUAAAAAAAAUCAGCACAAACAAAAUACAUGUCUUGAUAUGUAUUCUUAUACAAUUAUCAACAGCGAAACAGGAUGACCUCAAAUUGAAUACGUAUUAAUCAUUUAACAUUCUCUUAUUACUACGACACAUAAUUAAAAUGUUGUUAUUAUACCAUCCCAUUGAUAUAGCAUAAUGACUUCAUAUGAACUUUGUUCUUCUGUAAAUCAUCUAAUUAUAGUGGUAUCGUCGAAAAAACAAACCUGUAAUCGUAACGAUUCUUUUUCGAACUAAGCACAUUGUAAUGUUUUAACUCUCUGAAUCGGACAGAAGGAAAAGCAACAUUACAGACAAGAAGUGCCAAAAUACAUGACUUAUUUAUAUAUAUGUUUAUUUUGUUAGAAUCAUUAACACUAUAAUAGGAUGACCUCAAACAAAUACGUAUUUAUUAUUUAACAUGGUCUUAAUACGAUAUUUCAGUGAAUUCAUCUUAUUUAAAAUUAUAAUGAUGUUAUACCACUGACGUUACCAUAAUAUAAAAAGAUUACUUAAACUAAUAAUCAUCUAAAUACAUUAAGGUAAUGUGAUUUCAUUAAGGCAUACUAGUACAUACUAAUAAGGUAAUCACACAAUUUAAAAGUAUUGCUAAUCAUACAAAUUAUAAACUGGCACAUCUGCCGAGUUCACUGUGUUUUAUUUUUAUCAAACAACAUUCAAGAAUGAAUUUUCAGCUAAAAAUUUUAACAUUUCAGUAAAUUUUAAAAUUCUCCCAUUUUUCUUCCUUCUAGCAGGAAAAAAUUACUCUUUUCUGAACUAUAAUAGUCUUUAAUAAAAAGAGUUUGCAAUCAGAAUAGUCACAAAUUAGUAAAAACUUACUUGAAUUUUGGCCAAUAUGCUUAUUUGGUAUAUAAAAUCUAAUGCAAACAGAAGAUUUUUGUUAAUUUGUGCUCAGGUUUCAGAAAAAUUCUAAUGGCUUUUACAUACUAAUAAUAAAAAAUUAUGAGUUUUGAUUUGAACAGUGUUCCUUAAAAGCUGCCCUUUAAUAAGUAUUUUUAUAUUCAAAAUCUAAUCGAUCAGUAUAGAUCUCACAUAUGAUAGAUGGUAUAAAAAUUAAAACCGAGUUUAUCAAUUAUUGGUUCGUUAGAUGGUUCUUUCACUUAAAUAUAAGUUUCUUUUUGUCUUUAAAAAAGCAAACAAACAAAUAGGAGAAAAAUGUUAAGACUUUUUUAAUACAUCACUGAAUUGAUAGAACACUGCAAAGAACAAAAAAUAAUAAUUUUUUUUUUCAUUUCUUAAUUACAGGCUUAACUGAAUUAUAAUUAUUUGUUCCAUUUUUUUUGCAUCGUUGUAUAAAAUUUAAAUAACUUAAAAGUUUUUAUGUAUUCGUACCUUGUAUUUGCAAAUUCUGCAACAUGCAUGAUCGAUUAAACAGAAUUUUUUUCUGUCUUCACCUAUAAAUUUGGAUUUAUGAGAAUAGCUCUGCAGAUUCACAGUGUAAAUUCUACUAUCGAGUAAAUGUGAAUUUCAAAUGCCUUAAUUUUUGAUGGAAAAUCUAAAAAAGUAUGUCAUAGUCAGAAUCUAAUGAAGAAACACAUGUAUGGUUGUAUGGUUUUUUUGUUAUUUAACUGCAUUCCAUAACUUUUAAAUUAAAUGUAUGGUUUUUUUGUUAUUUAACUGCAUUCCAUAACUUUUAAAUUAAACUAUAUAGGCAGCACAUACGUAAUUAAUAUAAAUGUUUAAUAUCUUGCAUGCUAAAAAACCAUACAAUGUUUUAUGCAUGCUUGUAUAUUGAUCAAUAUUGCCAAAUAUGUAAAUACCAUAGAAAAUUGUAAAUAAGUAAUGUUUUUGUAUAAACGUUGACAAUUUGUACAAAUGUAAAAUAUAUUUGACGCAUUGUAUAGUAAAAUUUUAUUUUCAAUAAAUAAAAUUGAUUUAUAUGUUUU